AUGACUGAUAGGGUAAGAUUUGAAGAGAUUAGCAUUUUGGUACAAGAAUGGAAAAGAGAUGAAAAUAUUUUGAGUGAUGAUGGAGAGAUCAUCACAGAAAUUUUUAUCAGUGUUGUCACUGAUAGGAAUUUAACAAUAAAUGAAUGUUAG